GAAAGAGUCACUGUCGCCAGAAAGUUUUCUCGUAUAAAAAGUCGAGCGCGAAAAAGUUUUCGAAGAUUUUAGUAGUCGACGAAAGGAUUUUUUUGAAAUUAAAAAUAAAUUGUGGAAAGGUAAAUUAUUUUCUAUCCUUAAUUUUCACAAAUAGAAAGUGGUUUAGUUAGAUACGAACUCAGAAAAUUAGUAUUUGAUGUAAUUUGACAAUGUUAUGGCUCCAAAAACUUUUUUAUGUGCAAAACAAAAUGUCCGGUAUACACAACUGCAAUCACGUAUCCCACUGUCCGACUGAAGAGUAUGGAAAUACACCAAAUUCCGUAGUGAACCAUUCGCCUGAAGUUUCCUCAAAGAAACCAAUUCGUCUCAAACACGUCGCGACUAGGAACGAAACGUACGAUUUUUUGCAUCUGAGAGCGUUUGAGAAAACACCAUGCAACGAUCAAGUUUGCUUAGGAAGCAUUAUGGCCACUUCUUCGCAAUCGGCUAUAAGAUCUCCUGAAGAAAUUUUAAAACAUGCCAACGAAUUUCUGGAUCAAUAUUUCACUUCAAUUAGAAGAGCUCAAAGUCCGGCCCACAUAUCACGAUGGGAACAAGUCCAAAAUGAAGUAAAUAGUACUGGAACGUACCAGUUGACUGAAACAGAGUUGAUUUACGGAGCUAAGUUAGCCUGGAGGAAUUCAGUGCGAUGUAUUGGAAGAAUUCAGUGGUCCAAACUACAGGUUUUCGAUUGUCGUUAUGUUACAACUACGAGUGGAAUGUUCGAAGCUAUUUGCAAUCACAUUAAAUAUAGCACAAAUAAAGGCAACAUUAGAUCAGCAAUCACUAUCUUUCCUCAACGUACCGACGGUAGACAUGAUUUCCGCGUAUGGAACCCACAAAUCAUCGGGUACGCCGGGUAUCGUCAACCAGACGGAAGUAUUAAGGGAGAUCCUAUAAACGUCGAGUUUACUGAAGUUUGUAUAAAAUUAGGUUGGAAGGGAUCAGGAGGUAGAUGGGAUAUACUACCCUUGGUACUUUCUGCUAAUGGACACGACCCAGAUUAUUUCGAUAUUCCCAGAGAAAUGAUACUAGAAGUUCCCCUGGUACAUCCACAGUUCAGUUGGUUCGAAGAACUCGGUUUGAAAUGGUAUGGGGUUCCAGCGGUAUCAAAUAUGAUGUUCGACUGCGGGGGUCUGCAAUUCACAGCAGCUCCGUUCAAUGGCUGGUACUUAAGCACUGAGAUUGGCUGCAGAGAUCUUUGCGACGUUAAAAGAUUGAACAUGCUGGAGACCAUCGCUCAACAUAUGGGCUUAGAUACAAGAAGUCCAGUAACCCUAUGGAAAGACAAAGCGUUGGUAGAAGCAAAUGUAGCAGUUCUGUACAGUUUCCAAAAAAAGGAAGUUACAAUUGUGGAUCACCAUACAGCUGCAGAAUCGUUCAUGAAACAUUUCGAAAAUGAAAACCGAUUGAGACAUGGAUGUCCAGCCGAUUGGGUUUGGAUCGUACCUCCGCUCUCUGGAUCCGUCACACCAGUAUUUCAUCAAGAGAUGGCGCUGUAUUAUUUGAAACCUUCGUAUGAAUAUCAGGAGCCAGCUUGGAAGAGUCAUAUUUGGAAUAAAGGACGUGAAUCUGUAAAAAGCAUCAAAUUGAGGAGAAAAUUCCAUUUCAAACAAAUAGCACGUGCAGUGAAGUUUACAUCGAAACUAUUUGGCAGGGCGUUAUCUCGUCGAAUUAAAGCCACUGUGUUGUACGCCACGGAAACGGGAAAAUCCGAAAACUAUGCUAAAAAGUUGUGCGAACUAUUCAGUCAAGCUUUCCAUGCACAAGUUUACUGUAUGGAAGACUACGACAUUUCCAAUAUUGAACAUGAGGCGUUGCUGUUGGUCGUAACUUCUACUUUUGGUAAUGGCAACCCUCCAGAAAAUGGAGAGGAAUUUGCCCAAAACUUAUACGCUGUAAAAAUGGCAGAAAAUGAUAUUUCAAAUGGUGAUGCUUCUAGUUUCAGUAUGGCAACAUCAAAAUCCUUCAUAAAGGUCAACAGUCAAACUGAGGUUCCAACAAAGCACGGUCUAGACAGACUAAAUUCUGUCAAAAGUUCGUUAAACGAACCACUUCUCGACGAUAGCUUUGGGCCUCUAAGUAACGUUAGAUUUGCGGUUUUUGCAUUGGGAUCAAGUGCCUACCCACACUUUUGCGCCUUUGGAAAAUAUGUAGACAACUUACUUGGCGAACUUGGCGGUGAAAGACUAUUAAAAUUAGCAACAGGAGAUGAACUAUGCGGUCUCGAACAAGCUUUUAAAAAGUGGGCACCACAAGUGUUUAAGGUUGCCUGCGAAACAUUUUGCUUAGAUGACGAUGAGAUCCUUCAGGAUGCUGCCCUCACGUUGGAAUCUGAAUCGCUAACUGCAAAUAAUAUAAGAUUCCUGGAAAAACCUGAAACUACACAUCUAAAUGGUAUUUUCAAAUGUUAUAAUAAGAAAGCAUCCAUUUGCAAACUUAUUCGCAGAAAAAAUCUUCACGGUGAAAAAUCUCCUAAAGUGACACUACUUUUAGAGUUUUCUUCAAAUUUGGUCUACAAUCCCGGAGAUCAUCUUGGAGUUUUCGCGAGGAAUAGCCCCGAAGUUGUAGACGGUAUUAUAAAGAGAUUGCAAGGCGUUACUAACCCUGAUAUAUCCGUAGAACUUCAAAUACUCGAAGAGACUCAUACUUCUAAUGGUAUCGUAAGAAGCUGGAAACCACAUGAACGUUUACCCAGUUGCUCUAUCAGAGAAUUGUUCUCGCAGUAUUUGGACAUUACGACUCCUCCUACGCCAAAUUUACUUCAAUAUUUUGCCUCGAUAGCAACCAACGGAGAAGAAGCUAUAGAUCUUAAUUUAUUGGCUACUGACUCUAGUGCUUAUGAAGACUGGCGUCAUUGGAGAUAUCCACAUCUUUUGGAAGUUUUGGAACAGUUUCCGUCUGUUCGACCAUUCGCACCUAUUCUUAUAGCUCAACUAAGCAUACUCCAACCUAGAUUUUAUUCAAUAUCUUCCAGUCCGAUGAUGAAUCCCAAAGAAACCCACUUGACCGUAGCAGUAGUUGUUUAUAAAACACAAGACGGUCAAGGUGCCUCACAUUAUGGGGUAUGUUCAAAUUACUUGCAGGGCGUCCCAUUGGGAUCAGAUGUUUCUGUAUUUGUGAGAAGCGCUUCUGCAUUCUAUUUACCGACUGAUCCAAUGGUACCAGUUAUUAUGGUCGGUCCAGGAACUGGCAUAGCGCCAUUCAGAGCUUUUUGGCAAGAACGAACUAUGUUGUUGAAGAAAAAACAGAAAAUUGGAAAGAUGUGGCUUUUCUUUGGUUGUCGAACCAAAGAUAUGGAAUUAUAUAGAGAAGAAAAAGAAGAAAUGCAACGUAUAGGUGUACUCGAUAAAGUGUUUCUCGCUCUUUCCAGGGAACCUAAUAUACCUAGAACAUAUGUUCAAGAUUUGAUAGUGAGAGAAGCAGCUGAAAUCUAUCGACUUCUUGUAGGAGAGAAAGGACACUUUUAUAUUUGUGGGGAUAUCACUAUGGCAGAAAAUGUUUAUCAAACUUUAAGAAAUAUAAUUCAGAAUUAUGGAGAAUUGAACGAGGCUGAAGUUCAGUCUUAUAUGCUGCAAUUAAGGGAUGAGAAUAGAUACCAUGAAGACAUAUUCGGUGUCACACUUAGAACUGCAGAAGUACACAACAGAUCUAGAGAAUCGGCGAGAAUACGAAUGGAAACGGAAUCUUAACAAUAUUAAGGCAUCAUAGAUAUUAGAUACUCCAAUAUUUUUAUCCAGUUUGACAGUAAUCUAAGAACAGACAAAGUUAAAAUUUUAUCAAUUAACGUAAACAAGUCUUAAGGAAUUUGGUUAGUAAGGUUUUGACUGGCCAAAUAGAUAAUUAAUCUCAAAAAGAAGUAAUUAUAUUUUCAUGUAAAUAAAUAUUAUAUACCAGACUUUAAAAAUAUAAUAAUUUACUUAGUUCAAUGUCUAAAUGAUCGUUUUUAGUAAAUCCUGUAUGUUUAUGUAUUAGAGAAAACCGUCAUCGAUUUGUUGAACUAAAUAACUUGUCAUAUAUAGUCUGGAAUCAUAAAUAACUUUCCUUAGUCAAAAAAAAAUUUUUAAUGGUAUAAUAGCGGACAUCAAAUAUCGAAAAUGUUCUCACUUAGUAAAACCAUAAACUGCUUUCAAACGUAGAUAAGUAAUCCAUCAUUAAGAAUUGCACUUACACAAGCGAAGAUAAUUUCAGUAAAAUUAAAUAGAAAGAUGAAUUUGUUGCUUCAAAGUUUUAUUUGUUAAGAUUUUUUGUUUUUCUUGAAUACCUAUAAGUAAAAUCGUGAUGAAGUAUAAUUUUUCAAAAUUAUAGCUAUGGAAAAUAAUAAAAUUGUGAUUGACUGUUUUUUCUACUACAAUACAAUUAUUCUGAAUAACUAGCAUCACAUUCAUCUUCAAUGUCAACAAAAUGGAUACCUAGGAGUUUAAAGUUUGUUUCAUAUCAACAAAAAAGGUAUUGAGAGUGAAAAUAUUGUUUAAUAUUAACAAAAAAAUACCUUGGAGUCGGAAGUUUGUUUAAGAUAGUACUACCGUUACCACAAGUGUCAAAUGUGUGCUCUGUGUAGUUUGAUUAGCGUAGUAUUUAUAUUUGGCAACGCUGCAUAAAGAAAAAGAAGUGUAUAACAUUAAUAUCUCCACAUACCGCGUUCUGUAACAUUCAAAUUUCACGCGCGCGAAUAAAUUCGUACGUCCUAUAAGCAUCAAUGGAAAAGGCAAACAUUUUUUUUCGGUUCUCUGUAGACCUCUGAAAAUUUAACUCAUCUUAUAUACUAAAAUUCCAACUUUCAUUAAAUUCUGAAUGCAAAUCCUAAAACCGGUAGUACUACCUUAAUAUCAUAAAAAAAUACCUGGGUGUCAAAGUUUUAUUCAAUAUCAACAAAAAAAAUUCCUGGGAGUCGAAAACUUGUUUAAUAUCAACAAAAAGAACAUUUGGAAUAAAAAGCUUGUUCAUUAUUACCAAAAAGAAUUUCUGGGAGUCAAAAGCUUUUUUAAUAUCAACAAAAAGGAUAUUUGGUUAAGCUUAUGUUGAGGUUAAAUAACAAAAUGACUAUUUAGAUGAAUUUAUAUAUAUCAUUCGUGAAAAUCACUUCUUGCGAAUGGGAAAAGUGAUUUUCCACUUAAAUAGACUUAGGUAAAAGUGAUUAGAUGAAAAUAAGUCUAAUUUCCACUUGAACGUUUUCAAAGUUACUUUCCAAAGUUAAUAAAACGUAUUUCCCACUGAUUAUGGAUAAGAUAAAGUAAUCGACAUUUUUAAAGUCUGGUAUGCAUCUUUAGAUAUAAGUUUAGAUUUUUUUAAAGGACGACGAAUAUAAUGUAAGUAUUUUAUCGUAAGCAGAAAUACUAAUUAUAAAUUUCUUCUAAAUAAUAUUUAACACUAACUUUCGAAUUUACUUAUAUGUUUUUUCUUUAAAACAAAAAAAUAAACAAAUUACGAAUUU